AUCGCACAGUCUCAAAAAAGCCGCAAGAAACUAUUGAAGUUGUCGAACGUUGCGAGAAUAAUUUUCGCCAACAAAUCACCUCUUUUCGCCGCAAAAAAUUCAUUUUCGAUCAUUUUUGACAGAACGCGACAGCAAGAGGAAAGAGAGAGACGAAAAGUAUGAAAAUUGGCGGGAUUUGGCGGUAAGACGCGGUCAGCUGAUUGGCGGCUGAUGUUUUGGGCGCGAAGUGCCGGCGAGAGAGGCCAAUGAGACACCGAUGGAGAUAAUUUUGCCGCGUAAGCUACCAAAAACACGAUGGCAUUGCACGAAUGUACCAAGGAAAACGUCCGCAAGCACCUCGAAGAUGUAUCGUUGCACACAUCACCAAAAAAAUCAUGCAUAUCACCAACUAUAUCUCAAGAUGGAUUGAAAAGUGGACUUUCCAAGACAAAAGCCGUGCAAAAAGUACAACUCAAGGAAGAGUUCAAUCCAGAAUUGGAACCACUCCUUCAGGAAGGUCCAAAUCGUUUUGUGAUUUUCCCCAUUCAAUAUCCUGAUAUUUGGGAUAUGUACAAAAAAGCUGUGGCAUCCUUUUGGACCAUAGAAGAAGUACCUCUUCACAAGUUGGAUAAAAAAGACUGGGAAGAAAAGCUUAAUUCUGACGAAAGAUACUUUAUCUCUCAUGUCUUGGCAUUCUUUGCUGCUUCUGAUGGAAUCGUUAAUGAGAAUCUGAUUGAGAGAUUCAGUCAAGAAGUAAAAAUUGCUGAAGCACGUUGUUUCUAUGGAUUCCAAAUUGCCAUAGAGAACAUUCAUUCUGAAAUGUAUUCCUUGCUUAUUGAAACAUAUAUUUCCGAUCCAAAAGAAAAAGAUUUCUUGUUUAAUGCAAUCGAAACACUUCCUAGUGUGGGAAAGAAAGCUAAUUGGGCAUUAAACUGGAUCAAUCACGAGAGUGCCACAUUUCCUGAACGCGUAGUCGCGUUUGCGGCGGUUGAAGGUAUCUUCUUCAGUGGCAGUUUUGCCUCAAUUUUUUGGUUGAAGAAACGGGGAGUCAUGCCAGGUCUCACUUUCAGUAACGAACUCAUCUCACGAGACGAAGGAUUACAUUGCGAUUUUGCAUGUUUAAUGUUUAAACACAUUGUACAAAAACCAUCCUUUGAACGUGUGAAAUCAAUUAUAAUGGAUGCUGUAGAAAUUGAACAGGAAUUUUUGACACAAGCAUUACCAGUCCAAUUGAUAGGAAUGAAUUGUACACUCAUGUGCAACUACAUCGAAUUCGUUGCGGAUAGAUUGUUCGUCGCAUUAGGAUUUGAAAAAGUUUAUCAUUCGGAGAAUCCAUUCUCGUUUAUGAACUUUAUCUCUCUGGAAGGCAAAACAAAUUUCUUCGAAAAGAAAGUAGGUGAAUACAAAAAAUUCGGAGUCGCAGAGGAAGGUUCUCAGAAAAGGAGCAACACAUCGGGUGUAGUAUUUAGUGCGAAUUUUUAAAAGAUUUUUUUUUAAUGUAUAAAUAUCAUAUACAUAUAUAUAUAUAUAUAUUUGCUCCUAGAUGGAGAAAAAAUGCUGUAUAUUAAUGUCCAUAUUUAAUUUUGGAAUAAC